CUCGAAGAAUGUUGAGAAAAGACUCGUGGAUCUUGACGCAGGACGGGUCAUACGACAGCCCCCUUCGCUGUGAUCUGGAAGUCGCUCAGAUUGAAUCCCGGCAAGCAAACCCACAAAGCGCUGCUGCAGAAACUUCACCAAGUCCAAACGCAAAAAAGACAGCAUCCACGACAAGGGCCGGAUAUGUUGCUCUUUCUUACGAAUGGGGCACAGAGGAUGGUCAGCAAUUCAUACAAAUGGGGGAAUCCUCCGUGAAGAUCAGAGCGAACCUUGCGGAGGCGCUGCGGACCAUUCGCCAGAGAUAUGGCGCUGCGGUCCGCGGAAUGAGGAUCUGGGCAGACUCUCUGUGCGUUGAUCAGCAGGACCCGACUGACAGAAGCGCCCAUGUUCUACUGAUGGGCGCCAUAUACUCCCAGGCUGACGAGGUGCUCGUGUGGCUUGGCCCUGAAAGGGACCAGAGCGACCUUGCUAUCACUCUUCUGCACGACCUAGCGAGCACAGAAAGCUCAUCCGAGAAGGACGUUUUGCAGCUGGUCAAGCAAAAGCCUGCUUCAUGGCUCGCAUUAGACGAUCUCAUGAGGCGCACAUACUGGGAGCGGUCGCGCGACACUGCUGCUUUGCGGGGAGCAAUCCGUGAGCUGGGAUGUCUUAUACAAGGCUGUGUGGACCACAAUCACCCCGUAUCUUGA